GUAAAAACGCCAGUAUGAUAAACAACCAUUGCGUACGACUGGUGUUGUAUACAGUUCAGGAAAUUCCAGUUGUCGAAGGCUCGUCAACACCUUAUAUGAGAGACCUUAACGAUGAUAUCGUUAUUAAUAGUCAUAAAGUUACCGUGACAGACACUACACGGGAAAAGCCGAUAAAUAAAUAGUGCCGAUCUCUGAAUUACGGCCUUAAUCUGGCUAGCUAUCGCUCGGUACUCAUGUCAUCACGGCCAGCCGGAAGUGAGUUAAAGUGUUAUACUACAUAUUAUGUCGUGUGGGUUUGGCCACAGCUAUUUCACUAGAUGACGAACGAACUAAACACUUCAAACUACAGUGUAUUUAUUCUAAUAGCUGCACUUUAGCUGGGGUAAGAGUGUAGAUUGGACGUGUAACAGUUUAGUAUUUACAAAUUUCCUAUACGUACUUGUGGUGAUCUUCCUGUGUGACGCUACGUGGGAGUGGAAAGCUAGGUGGAAAUAAUUCAUAAACAAAUCUACAGUUGACAGCUACACGUGUAUUGUUUGUUGUGUAGCUGGAAUGGACUACAUCCCUGACCUAUAACUACAAUGCAUUCCUGCGAGGAACAAUCGGACCUUCCUGACAAUCAUGCUGAUUCCGGACCAGUCAUCCCAAAACCGAAUCUCGAGUUCGAGGACGGCACACAUUCGAUUUUUAUGAUCAUUCAAAAGUUUCCUUUCCCAGUGGUCGUUCUUUGUGAUACGACGAAAUGUCCCAUUCCGGUGGACAGGUCAAGAUUCAGCUUUGACCUUUCCCAACCGCUAUUGUUCUACAGGAAGAGGAGCAUCCAAAAGAUUCCCGCCAGAACUCUGUUCGUGGACGACAACGAUCAAUACCAGGAAGCAGGCGAUCCUCUUCUCAUCCCCGAGGACUACAAAGGUUACUUCGCUAUAUUGAAGAGACGGACUCACGCCGGACCGACCGACAACAAUGCACCACAUUACACCAAGAUUGAGGACAUCGCACAGUCUGACACGGAAAAGUUCCUGAUUGGCGGACAAAACCGUGUGAAAGCAUUCCAAGUGACCAAUCAAAAGGAAGGUGAUCAAAGCCACUAUGAGCAACAGCGCAUGCUCUUCCCUGGAGAUGUUUUACGGAAAAUCAGAAUGUUUACUUCAGAAACAAAGAAAAAAUCCAAAUACUUACGACGAAGUUCUCUGAUAACAGAAAAAUUCCUCCUUUGCAUGGAUGAAGCAGAUCGGGAGGUUGUCAUUCCGUUUGCACAGGCCGGUCUAUUCUACUCUCUCACGACGACGUCAGGAAAGGGCACGUGCCCCGUUAUGCAAAUGAGCGAAAUCGUAGCUAGUAAAUACCUGCCUUGCGUCGUGAAGUUGGUGUACGGACGCGUUCCCACGACGCCUUGUAUUUUCUCAGGCCUUCUACAGCUCGACCAGGGUUAUUUGGAGCAGUCUAUCGUGGCCGCUACUAUCAUGAACAAGAAAAACAUUCUGGUAGAAAUACCAUCCACUUGUAAGAUGGAGUUCCGUGUUGCACACACUAAUGAUGAUCUGAUCUCCCAUCAAGGCUACCAGAACGCAGUACAGGUUUGCAGAGAAAAGAUCCACUCCUACAUGAGGAACAUCAAAGUUUGUCUUAGCUGGAAAUCCGAGGACUCGUUACACGGCGCAGGGUCGACCGGGUCAAUCACUAUCGGAGACCGGGUAUCCCAACUGCCGGCGGAAGCGGAAAUACUCGACCUUCCGACACCAUGUUCCAAGGAUAUGAAUCGGGACUCGGGUUACAUAAAAAUGACACCGUCAACCGAUGAUCUGAGUUCACAAACCGACGAUAGUGUUGAUGACGGCCAGGAUACUUACGUAAAAAUGAGUCUCACGUCACCCACGUCCCCUCCCGCCGAUUAUGUUCUUAAACUCUUCUUAGAGAACAAGUUCUUGGAGGUACCCGUAUAUUCUCAUGAUGCUAAUCAGACCGAGGAUGUUGAUGAUACCGUCAACUCCGACACUUUGAAGGCAACAGCGAAUAAAAGUCAGCACAUAACUGCGCCUCCUGAUCUCCCCCCUCCACCCGUCCCCUGUCCCGGGACACCACCUUCUCUCUGUGGGGGAUCACCAUCACAAGACAGUGGUAUUUCGGAUGUAGGUUUAACAGACACUCGACGUCCGUCUACUUUUAUAUUCGCCGAAAGUGAACAGAAUCCGGAUGACGACAUCACCUACGACAUCCCACAGAUUCCAACACGGCGUGUAAGUGCUCCGCCGAACUUCGAUACCAUGCCCCUCAUCUCAGAUUCCAAUCUUGGCGCUAUACCCAAAUCAUCUCCAUUUAACAAACGUAAAUCUAAAUCCAACAAGAACAGAGUGUCAAGCGCACCGUCCGAAAUGUUGAACAAGGAUGGGAGGCUGAUGAGUCCCACGGAGACCAUACACGAACAUGACUUUCCCACCGAGAACCCUCGCUACGAGAACAUUGAAGGUAUGAAAGAAAUUCAGGAAAAACUUAUACAACUUCAAAACGUGACGGAGUCUAUCAUUGCGGGAGACGAUUCGACGCCAUCCUGCUUUUCGUGGUAUCUCGGAUCUCCUGAUUCUCCUGAGUAUUACAACAAACCACACUCACCUUCCUCCCCGCCAGGAGAUGGUGAUUCUCUAAACCUGUCACCCUCUUACGUUUCUCCUUCUGCUCUAGAAGAGAGUGAUUUAGACACACCGCCAACUAAAUGUUCCGGGUCAUCUUGUGGUUCGACACUGUCGGAUACGCUGGACAGCGUCUUUGAAGCCUCACCAUGCCAUUCCGGGCCGCACAAUAAUAUAGAAUUGAUACAUGAUGCGAUGGACAAGAAAGUGGAUUCGAAAGAGGAUGACGAUAACGUUUAUGACGUCAUACCCGACAUACCCGGUUGUGAUUCAUACCCACCAUGCGGAAUGGUAAAAAUGUCGGACAAGGAUUACGUUGAUCUUAUGAAUUCUGACCUGGUCGAACUAGAACAGCCUCCUGCCCCCCAUCACUCGCAGUCCGUCACACACACGUAUGCGAACUGUGGUACUGAGGAUGUCGAGACAAGUGAAGGGGGUAGUGAUGGCGUGACAGUUGCUAUAGAGCCGGUCGAUAAUGAUAGUGAUACUACUGUGGUACUUGAUGACGUCACGGAUCGGAUUGAUGGAGGUAUCAAGACGAGUUCAGGUGAUCAUGACCCGUUAACUGAAUUUUCUGAUGCAGUUUUUGUCCAAGGCAACGAGUCUGAAAAGGCACUUGAAGAUACGGAGAAACAGGAAAUUUCAAACAACGAAAUGAACGAUAACACUGAUCAACCCAAUAUUACAGACGGAACAGAAAACGCGUAUAACACCGAAGAGAUCAAUCUGAACAGCAUUGAGUAUGUGGAUCAAGAACCACAUACUAAGCAAGAGAAUAUUUUGAGUGACGAUAAAUUGUCUGAAGAUCGCAUCGAAGAACCAUGUAGUGAAAACAAAUUCGGUGAGGAAGAGUCUCAGUGUCAGGACAAAGAGGGUGAGGACCACUAUCAAUACACACUUCAUUGUAAUGAAGACAUUCGGGUUGAUGCUAUUGAAGGACAAAACCCCGAAUCGAAUCAAAAUCGGCGAGAAUCAGUGUCUGAUAGUCUAGAGCUGCCUAGUCAAUAUGAUUCAAAUACUGGUUUAUCUACACAAAGUAAACCAUCCCCUCCUCCAGUAUCACCGAAACCGGUUCGCACAUAUUCCGAGAAAACGGACAUGGUUUCCGAAACAGUAUCGGGAAACAUUUUAACAAACAGUGAAGAGUCUGGUAAUGUUGACAUCAUUGAUGACCAACCAGUACACUAUCAACUCAAGCACUGUAAGAGGACGGAGUCUAACUGUAUAACAAUGUCGCCUGAACUCUUUGAACAAGAACUAAGAGACGUAGGAGUGACCACAAAAGCCAGAAACAGCAUUACAGAUCGAAACAUUAGCAUUGAAGAGUUACUCAAUAUGGACGUCGAUAACCUCCAGAAGGACUUACCCGGCGUCGGUUUCCUCGACCUCAAACGGAUCGCCAUGUUUAUCAGAAACAUAUUGACAAGGUCCACGGGUCAUUGAGUGUCCAAAUCGAUAUGUGAUUAUAAAGUGAUUUAGUGGUGGGCAACUGUGCAAUAUACCGCCGUCUACUGGGAGUGUUGAGUUACAUACUCAAACGGUACUGUUCAAAUACUUUAGUGCAUGCUAAAUACUGCAAUAUUGAAAGGACGGACUGCUUUUCCUUCUUUAUUUUGUAUUGUUUUAUGCUGGUUUUUUUUUAUUAUCGACAGUAUAUGUCCUGUCAAAAUUAGGACACCGGUGCUAGUCAUAUCGUCUUGUUUAAAGAUCAGUAAUUUGUAUUAUAAUUUUAUAAGUAUUUUCCAUGUGUUAUGUUGACAAGAUGGUGUCGAAUAAUCUGUCUAUGCUGUUGGUCAGUAGUGAAUUAUUAUGGUUAAAGAAGAAUGGUAAAUGACACGUUUUGUAAAAUAUUAUGUUAGCGUUAUAUAUCAUUAUGCACUUCUAGUUUGUGUGCCCUGGAGAUAGACUUACAUAUGUCCUUGCUAAAAUGGAUUCAGAACAAUAUUCGCUGACUUGCACUAAAAGAGGCCAACGAUGAUUUAAAACUUUUGUGACAGAUAUUUAAGAACCAAAAUACAGGCGCACAUAUUGGAGCUAUAUAAUUGAUAUAAAAUGUCAUGAUAAUUAUUUUACACCCAUGGCCUUCUAAUUUUAGCCGAGCAGCCUAGAUCCGCCCGUUAAUUGGUGCGCAAACAGCAUACAUAACGGUACAAUUAAUGCAGUAUUCCGCACACCGGACGAAAACUGACUAGCUUUCCAAUUAUAUGUUUAUACAAAUGAAUCAUUUUCUAUAUUUCCUGAUUGAGAUAUGUUAACACUGUUUCGGUGAGUCAGGACCUCAUUAGGUAUUCACGAUAGAAUUUUCAUGUGCCAUUUUCCACGUCUCUCCUACAAUGUCUGUGUGUAUUGUGUCGUAAUUAAGUGUUUGGGUUCUGUGUUACGUUUCCUGCGUUUUGUGAUAAUUUGCAGUUUUAGCUUACGUUGAAUUGUCAGCUAGGGUCAGGAGUUGCGUCUGCAGCAUGAAUUUCCACCCACUUACUGGCAAUUUUCAAUACUGUUUAGCACGUGCUAUACUGUGUACUGAUGUUCAAGUGGUAAUAAGUGGCUAGCUAACAUUCACAUACCUGUCAAAUAUUACUCCUGGUAAUGGCGAUAUUUUGACCCUAUUGCGUCAACGAAUUAAAUACAACAACUGUCAUUUUGUUUGUUAAAUAGUCUGUCUCUGUUAUAGAUGCAUUGUACUGAUACGAACGGUAGAAAACAGGGAGCACAUUUUAGCCAUCCACCUCGAUUAAUUGGAACGAUAUCAUUAUUGAUAUAUAUUGAAUAAAAUGACAUUGUGAUUUAUUUUGUAAAUAUGGCGCAAUAUUAUUUCUAUGACGUGCUGUAUAAUGUACUGCAAUAUUAAAAACAUAACACAAUAUGAAAUCCAGUCAAUGUUUUUACACGAUCGACACCGAUUUAUGAUUGAAAAUGUCAUAGAUUUAUAUAAUGGUCGUUAUUUUUAUGAACGUCGUUUUGAUUAAUAAAUGAUUAACAUAUU